GCUCGCCUUCACAAGCGCUGAGUGAAUUUAAAACAUGGCUUUGGAUGUGAAGUCCAGGGCUAAACGAUAUGAAAAACUGGACUUUCUUGGAGAGGGACAGUUUGCUACCGUUUACAAGGCAAGAGACAAAACAAAUGAUGCAAUUGUGGCAAUCAAAAAGAUUAAAGUCGGACACAGAACAGAAGCAAAAGAUGGCAUCAACAGAACAGCUCUUCGAGAAAUCAAACUGUUGCAAGAGUUAAGUCAUCCAAACAUUAUUGGGCUGAUUGAUGCUUUUGGACAUAAAUCCAACAUCAGCCUUGUGUUUGACUUCAUGGAGACAGAUCUUGAGGUUAUUAUAAAGGACACAAGUCUUGUAUUGACACCAGCUAACAUUAAAGCAUACAUACUAAUGACACUGCAAGGCCUGGAAUAUCUUCACCAUCACUGGAUUCUUCAUAGGGAUUUAAAGCCAAAUAACUUGCUGCUAGAUGAAAAUGGGGUUCUGAAACUUGCUGAUUUUGGUCUGGCAAAAACAUUUGGAAGUCCAAACAGAGUUUAUACACAUCAAGUAGUGACUAGGUGGUACCGUGCUCCAGAGCUGCUUUUCGGGGCUAGGAUGUAUGGGGUAGGUGUGGACAUGUGGGCAGUAGGCUGCAUUCUUGCAGAACUUCUUCUACGAGUACCCUUCCUAGCUGGAGAUUCUGACUUGGAUCAGUUGACAAAAAUAUUUGAAGCACUGGGGACCCCGACAGAGGAAAUCUGGCCUGGAAUGAGCAGUCUUCCAGACUACGUGUCAUUUAAACUGUUUCCGGGAACUCCGUUAGAGGACAUCUUUAGUGCAGCAAGUGACGACCUUCUGGAGCUCCUACGUGGCCUGUUUACCUUUAACCCCUGCACUCGUAUCACAGCCACAAAGGCACUGAAGAUGCGAUAUUUCAGCCAGAAACCAGUACCCACCCCAGGGCCACAGCUUCCCCGACCAAACUGUUCAGCAGAGGCACUUAAAGAACAAGAAAAUCUCACUAUUGGCAUAAAGAGAAAGCGUGAUGGUCUCGAACAAGGUUCUUUAAAGAAAAAGUUGGUGUUUUAGAGCAUCUCAUUUGGAGUCUCCUGUGUGCCUUUGAGCCACAUGAGCACUGGUGCUGCUGCAGAACUUUCACUAACAGUUCCAUCUUCUCAACAUUUCAUACAACUGAUUGGGACUGCUGGGACGAAUAUAUGACUUGAUUGUAGAUGUAUUUCUUAUGCUGUUUUUUUAUACUGUGUAAAAAUAACUUAUGAUUAAAAAUAUUUUGUUUUGA